CCCCAUCGCUCGAUGUGCUUCCAUACAGCCCUGAAAAAUCAACCGGAGGAGGAAACAUUCACAGAGGAGAAAAGAGUAACCCUUACCAACCCAUCAAGAUCGCUUUUAACCGGGAACAUAGAUUGGACCUGUGAGAUCUGUCUAAACCAUAUCACACUGAUUUGCAUAUCCAUUCCUCCUACCUCCUUCAUUUGCCUUUCCCUCACUGAGAAUGGCAAGCGGGCAUCCCACUGACAAAUUCAGUUUUCUGUACCCAACAGACACCAGUCAGAACAUUAAGAGUAAGAACAGGCUGUCUUCCACAAUGAACCCGGUGUACAGUCCAGUGCAGCCGGGAACCCCGUAUGGAAACCACAAAAAUAUGGCAUACACAGGAUAUCCAGCUGGUUAUCCAACAACUGCCCCGACUUACACAGCCAACCUCUAUCAGACAGGCAGUCCAGGAUACCCACCAGUGCUGCUGGUGAAGCAGGCCUGGCCCCAGACGGCAUCAGCUCCGGGGCCCGGAGAAGGCUCCUAUGACCUGGCCGUGGACGCAGGCUCAGAAAGCAGGCAGUACCAGGCCUCAUCGACGGCAUUCAGAUAUACUGCAGGAACGCCUUAUAAAGUGCCACCCACUCAGGCCAAUGGAGCCCCUCCUCCCUACUCCCCGUCCCCUAACCCGUAUCAGACGGCCAUGUACCCCAUUAGAAGUGCCUACCCACAGCAGAACCUCUAUGCUCAGGGUGCUUACUACACACAGCCGGUGUAUGCCGCCCAGCCUCAUGUAAUUCACCACACCACCGUGGUUCAGCCCAACAGCAUCCCUUCUGCCAUCUACCCGGCUCCUGUACCUGCGCAACGCUCCAACGGCAUGGCAAUGGGCAUGGUGGCCGGAACAACGAUGGCCAUGUCUGCUGGGACUUUGCUGACUACCCCUCAGCAUACUCAAAUUGGAGGCCACCCAGUCACCGUGCCAACGUACCGACCACAAGGAACACCUGGGUACAGCUACGUGCCACCUCACUGGUAGAGCCCACCUGCCAAUCAUAUCUGGAGUCAAACAUUGUAUGCAACUACUCAAGUCUUACAUCGGCGCUCUGUACGCAACAGAGACGCGCCACGUCUGUUUGCAAGAACAAAAGAGAAAAAGUGCAAGGGUCACUUUAUGCAUUCUUACGUGUUUUGGUAAAAGCUGCUUUUUUAUCUUUUAUUUAAUUUUUCUGUAUUCUUCUCAUUUUAGGGGGGAUGAUGUUUUGCAUUAGGUUAUUUUAAUUCUCAUUGUUCCAUAGUUACUUCUGUACAAACUCCAGAAUGAUUUCGACCAAUCAUGCCUCUUCAAAUGAUCUGUCUUUUAUGUUUAGUAUAAACGCUGGUGUGUAGGAAUGUACCAAUGCAAUAUCAGCACCCCUAUGGAUCAUAAUCAUCCAAUUAUGCUGCCAAAUUUUAUAACCUUUAGAUAUUAGCACAGGGUUUUAUUUUUCUUCUUCUUCUUUGGUUGUUUGUUUAUUUACAGUGGAUUCAGAUUUUUGGCCUUCCCAGUUUCUGCACAGAAUUUUUUUUUUUUUUAAGGACAUUGAAUUUCGUCAAAUUUCCCGAAUUUCAUUAAUCGUCUAUCAUUGAUAACAAGGGUGUCUUCCAGCUUGUAGCUGUUCAUGUAGAUUUGUAAGGAAUAUAUCAUUCGUAGGGCCAUGCAAACGUGGUUUAACCUUCAUUAGAAUAUCAAGUGCAUACAGUAAUCUUAGUUAUUCACUAAAUAGAGAAGGUUUGCGUGAGCCAGUUACUUUAUAAGCUUAUGUGUCAAGCAUAAGCUUCUAAACUAUAAUGUGUAUAUUCGAUUUAUAUAAAUGUGCGCAUGGGUGCUCUCGCAGGGAACGUGGCAACGCGAGAGCAUGCGUUGAUGGCGAAUUGCGCGAACACACGGUUUGUGUUGUGUGGCACUUAGCUGGGGCCUCUGGGUGUGAUGUCAUACCAGUGGCAUUAAAUUAAAAUGUGUGCCAACUUUGAGGCCAGACAGGAUGGACGCUACUCUAAAGAAAUGAUUAGGAUCAAAUCCAGGAUUUAAAGGGAUUUUAUCGUAAAGAAGACAGCACUAGAAGCAGAAGAACGUUUCAAACGAUUGCUUAGCAGUUCACCCAAAAAUGACAAUUCUGUAAUUUAUUUAUUUACUCACUGUCGUGUCGCUCCAAACCUGUAUGACAUUCUUUCUUUUGUGUAACACAAAGGUCAAGUUUAACAGAAUGUAGAUAACUUCUUUUGUGUUCCAAGGAAGAACGAAAUUCACAGGUUUCGACUCGAGGAUGAGGAAAUGACGCCAUAAUUGUCAUUUUUGGGUGAACUACUUAUUUAAUCUGCAAUCUGCUCCAGGUUUAGAGUGGGUCUAAUCUAACCCCUGGUCCUCUGUGAAUUCUUGGGCCUAUAGGCCUGUAGUUGCACAGAUUGUAGGCAUAGAAACGGAGUUGUUCAAUGCAAUAAUCAGAAUGGCCUGCUUGAAUGGCUUUUAAUUGUAAUUUACAGCAUUUUUAGGGAGAGAAGAGAGAGAAUUUGAUUUCCUUUCCCAAGGGCCUCGUGUGUAUCCAUGACUAGUGUACUCAGAAGUGACAUAUCAAGUAUUCUAUGAAAUGUUAUCAUACUGAAGCAUUGCACAUUGACAAAUAGACAACUUAAUAACCAAUUAUACGGUACACUCUCAUAUUUAAUGAUGUAAUUAAGAAAAUCAUGCAUUUACUCUACAAACCAUUAGUCUUGAUAAUGUCUCUGGAAGUAAUAUUAUUGUCCGUACAAAACAGUAUUACUGUUUUUUUAUUUUUUAUUUUUACGUUUGUUGGCUAAUCAACCACUAUUUCGAUAUAGUUAGCUCAAAGCGGGGAGAACUGAUUCUCUGAUCUUAUGUGAAAGUUAUAACGUCUUGUAAUGCAUGUGUCAUGCGGGUGAAUGCAGUUUAGUGUAAUCACAUGGAAACUAUGCCCAUAUGCAUGGUUGCAUCAUGUUAAAUUGCAGCUUAUGGAUUGCUUUAAAAUGCAUUACAUUGAAACACAUUUCCUUCGAUGUUCAAUUUAUGUAAUAGGAAAGAGUAAGGGCAUAGAGGAAAAAUGCACAAAAGCUAAAUUAAGAAAAUGUACUUUGCAUAAAGAAAAUAAAAGCCUAUUUUUGCAAUGUGAAAUUACUUAAUUGACAAAUAAGCACAUUUUCCAUCAAAUUCUUAUUACCGUAAUGCAUCCAGGCAUGUUACAUUUGCAUUUUUUGUAAUCUCCACUAUUUUCAAUGAUUCUUAUUAAAUGAUCAGUACUUUAAUACAUUAUUUUACGACAUUACAGUAAAAAAAAUGACAGUAAUGCAAUUAUAAAAAAUUAUAUAUAUAUUGUUUUUUUAAACAUAAUUUAUUUUUAUUUUUUUUUAGCAAAAAAACACAAAGUAACUGUUCUAAAACAGGCUUCAUUUUCAUUAAGCAAAAUAUGAUUUCUUAUUUCUUUCUUUUGAUUUUUUUGGCUAAUAUUCUUGACAGGUUUCGUAAAAUUCGCCUGAAUAUUACUGUAAGUUUACCGCAUUAGGAACCAUAUUUAUCUCCCCCUUUAGUAUAAUCAAAUCUGUUUGGCCAAAGCCAGUAUGAAUUAAAAAGCCUUUCUUUAUUUGUAAUAUUUUGACCUGGUUAAUUAAAUUGUUUAUUCAAAGGCCCAAUUGCAUAUGAGUGUAACUUACUAGUUACUAGUUACAUUUUGUAUUAUCAACUGCAAUAUGCAUAAUAUCAAGGCAUAAUUCAGAUUAGUCAUGAUUAGUCAUUAGGUUGUUUUCUAAUUGUCACUAUGCCCUACUCUUUCCUUUUGUACUUUUAAACAGUAUUAUAGAUAACAGUGAACAUAUAUUUUCUGUAUGUUUGCAACAAAUCAUUUUGCAUUGCAAGACUUGAUUGAUGCGAUUGAUCGCUGCAGUCGACAUUAUGAAACAUUCUCUGGUCCGAAAACAAAAACAGACCAAUAUCCGACCUCUAAACUCUAGGAUUAGAGUCAUCGCAGGGGAUUUAAUAAAAGGUUGAUCCCGAUUGAAAGCAAGUUACCAUCCACUCUGACAUGUAAUUUAGGCGCUUUUCCCGUAAGUGUUAUUUAAAGUUUUAAUUAAUGAUUGAUAUUCAUUUUUCUUAAAUAGAAGAUCUUUAUAUUUGAUCUGGAGUGGAGUGAUACAGUCCAUGUGGUUGCGAGGCAUUUCAGAGCACAAGUCUUCAAAGGGUUUCCUCUUCCUGUUCAUUUAUUUCCUCAGUCGUCUUACACUUCCACUUCUCGUUGAAAGGUAAAGGGAGGACAGAGUUCAGCAGUCUGCGGCUAAGAAUAAAAUAGAUAAAAUGGCAAAUUAGACAAAAUUGUGGCAGUUGCUGAUGUGAAAAACACAUGGUCAUCAUAGUUUUGUUCACCUUGAAAUUAAAAUUCUGCCAUCAUUUACUCACCCUUGUGUCAUUCCAAAACACAUUCCAAAUACAAUGUAAGUGAAUGGGGAAAGUACACAAAAGCACAUUAAAUGUAGUUACUUGUUACGUGUUUCAUAACCAAUCUCUAUGUGCAAAAUUGUGAUACAAGUAUGAAUUACUUUUGUGAGCUGCAGUAACUUAAAUUGCAGCUAUCGUAUGGUUUCAGAAAACUUGGAAUAUACAGUAGUGCACAUAUAAUAUGGACUACUUUUUGAGUUCAACAGGAUUCAUCCCCAUCCACUUUUUUAUCUGGAAAAGAUUCUGCUAAACUUCUCCUUUUGUGUUACACGGAAGAAAGAAAAACAUGGAUUUGGACAAGUAAAUGAUGACUGAAUUUUCAUUUUGGGAUAAACUAAUUCUUUAAUCCUAAAUGGUUGUAUAAGAAAGCUGUUGUUUUUUUUCUUUUCUUUUCCCAUUAUCAAUAAUCCGAUAUGUUUAUGCUCACCACAAAUUUCAGUGGGGGCCUUUGUUGUCUAUCUCCAUCUUAAAAUAGAUUGAUUGGUUUUAUUUGUUAUCAGGUGGUCUAUUAGGAAUCAGUAGUAAACAGAGUUAACUUUGGUCAAAUUUGCUUUGAUGUGGAAUGGAAGAACAUUGAAUUUCCUGUUUUCUGUUUGAUUGUUUUGAAAACAUGUGAUUUUGAUAUUGCAAACCCAUGCACUGUUCAGUUCUUUUGUUUCAGGGCAUCGAUCAAACGAUUGUUUACUAGCGCCCGUGAUGCAUGCAACGGGUUAUUAGCUCUAAUAAGGUCAGUGUCACGUCACCAGUCUGUAAAGGUAUUUUUAAAGUUAUUGUGGCACUGGAUUCACAUUCUUGCUGAGACCCUUACAAACGUACCAUAUGCUUUGACAAAAAAAAAAGAGGGCUUGCUAUUUCACACUGGUCUCUGUAGGAGUGUAACUACUGUUUAGGACAACAGCGUUUUAUGUUUGACCCGUACGGAGAAAAAUACUUGGUGUUUGCAUUCUAAAUGUAAAGCUAUAGGGGAAAGUCUUCCAGAAUUUAUCUCCCUUCAGUGAGUGUUAGAGACCCCUUGCCCCAUAGUAUGUAUUACACACUACAGCGCGGUUCUGGCACCAUCAAGAUCUCAUUCCGUCAUGGUGCUGGCAGGUCAGAGCGCGUUUUUCGCCAGCGUGGUCCAGACCGUGUCAUCAACCAAUCGAGCAAGGAGACCCACAUCAGGCUUGUGAAAUGAAGUGUAAAUCUGUAUUUGAUUAUUAUUAUUUUUUUAAUUUGUUUUGGUUUUUGUUUUGUUUGUUUAUUUUUUGUUUUAUGUUUUUGAAGAUCAGUUAGUGAUCUGUGUGACAUAAUUAAGCCAAGUUUGUAAUUGUAUAAUAUUUACUGUAAGAUGUAGAACAUUCAAUAACUAUUAAAAUCUUUCCAAAAAAAAAAACUGUUCAU